AUGGCAACUACUACUGAAACGGCCUACCAGUCGCAUAUAAGUGCAUAUCCUUCCGACGACCUUGAACUGCACCAGACGAACCAGUCUAGGAUCAGUGACAUCGGCAGUCUGCAUGGUGCAUCAUUCGAGCAAGAGCUUCUGCCAAUCACACGCAAGACACAGAUCACUGUCUUGAUCUCUAGCUUCUUUUGCGUAUUCAUGACCAUCGGACUUAAUCAGACUUACGGUGUCUUUCAAAACUUUUACAUAUCGGACCCGAAUUCCCUCAUCAGCGCCAAUGAAAGACGAAACAUCGCGUUGAUAGCGUUUGUCGGGGUGCUCGGAGCAGGUCUUACGUGGGCAGGCAGUAUAUUCGUGAACCCCCUCAUGGCUCGUUCCAAUGAUUUGCGCAAGCUCACUGCGGCAGGCGCUCUGCUCAUCAGUCUUGGUUUCGCACUGGCCUCGCUAAGCACAACAACAUGGCAUCUCCUCAUAACCCAAGGUCUCAUCUAUGGCGUCGGCAGCUCGCUUCUAUACUUCCCAAUCAUGUCCAUCGCGCCUGAAUAUUUCGACGACCAUCGAGGUGCUGCCAUGGGCUUGAUUCUUGCCGGGUCUGGUAUAGGCGGCCUCGUGCUGUCGCCUACUACGCAAUAUCUUCUUGCCCGCGUAGGACCUCGAUGGACACUUCGGGUCCUAGCCCUGAUCAACCUAUUGGUUGCUGGUCCCGUGGCUUUGGCGACUAGUCCCUCCAGAAGUGUACAACGGCGACCAACGCUUGUAAAUAUAGCCAUUGCAAAGCGGCCAACAUUUAUACUACAAACGACUGGCGCCUUGUUGCAAGCAGCGGGCAAUUUCGUACCCUUGACGUUUUUGCCGGACUUUUCAGUUGCGCUGGGCUACACUACGGCGUUUGGGGCAUUGCUUCUGUCGCUGAACAGUGGCGUUAACUCGGCCAGCCGUAUAGUGAUGGGUAUCAUUGCUGAUAAGGCUGGCAGGCAAAAUACGCUAAUAGUCAGUGUGCUUGGGUCCGCGCUCAGUGUCGGUGUCCUGUGGUCGGUGGCAGCAACCGGCGGCACUAAUACCAAAGCACUUUGGGUGGCUUUUGUUAUUAUGUACGGCGUGACGUCUGGAGGCUACAACGCUCUUUUCCCCACCACGAUCACGGAGGUGUUCGGUAUACAAGCGUAUGCCUCAGUAAAUGGAUUUGCCUACUUUGUACGAGGUCUAGGGGCCUUUGGAGGCACACCAAUUGGUGGCGAAAUUCUGUCCAGGGAACAAGUUGACGGGUCUGAGAGGACUGCGGCAACUUUUCAAACCGUCAUUUGGUAUGAUACAGCCUUACUAAGUGCUGCAACAGUCUGCGUAAUUGGUGUCCGGCUGUUCGAUGCUUUGGACAAGAAGCACUUCAAGGUCAAAGCUUGA